AAGGGCAAGAGACUACAGUUCUUGUUCGUCUUCUUCCAAUGCCCUAGCUUCUCUCAGUCCCAUUUCCUCUUCCACACACUCAUCACAUUUCAUCUUCAAUUUUCCGUUCGUUUUGGACAUAGCUUCUGCUGCACUGCUCUUCGUAUUCGAUUUCGACGGAAAUUUGUUGAUACUCAAACGAAUAACGCUUCGUGUGGGUCAUUUGUUAAAUAAUUCUUGCAGAGGAUAGUUGCUGAGGAAGUUAUGGAGCUGUCCCUGCCCGAAGAGAGUUAAAUUCCUUCUAUGGGAAAUCACAAAUUCUUGUCUAAACACUAUGGACAUAUUACAGAAACGAUGCCCAUGGAUCAACCUAUCUCCCUCUUGGUGUUGCCUUUGUCAAAUGAACAACGAAACUGCCCAACAUGGUUUCUUUGACCGCCCCUUCUCUAGAGGGAUAUGGAUGGAAGUCUUUUCUGCUUUCAACUGGUCUGUGAUUUUUCCAAAUGACUUACAUAGUUGGCUUCACCUACCAAUCAGCUGGAAUCCUUUCAAAGAUGUCAAAGAACGUCUCUGGUUAAGUAUCAUUUGUGCUGUUUUGUGGAAGAUUUGGGAUGAAAAAAAUGCUUGAAUCUUCCAUGACAAGGCCAAGACAUCAAAGGACAUUAUUGAUACCAUCAUACACAAUGCUUUUUUUUGGUGCAAAGAUUUACGGACUAUAAACAAUUAUAAUUUUUCUUUCCUAGUUGCUAAUUAGAAACACCUUUUGCACUCCCUAUAAAUGGGUCUUUUUUGUACAUCCUAUGAUUGGGGUCCUCAUGUUCCUUUGGAUAUUUUUGGAUAUUUCAUUUAAUCAAUGAAAUUGUUUCUUAUCCAAAAAAAAUUUGAAAAUGAGGGUUGCGUGUAGGGGCAGUAAGAUGUUAACAAGAGAGAGUUUGCGAAGAGAUCUGAUGAAAGGGAAAAUGAGCAAAAAAGGGCUUUGGUGAAAUAGAUGAAGACCGUUUGGGAAGAACAAGACGAGGAAGACUGGGAUUUUUCUAAUCUUCCUUCUCCUUCUCCUUCUCCUUCUCCUUCUAUCUCUAUUUAUUUUAUUUUAAAAGGAAACAAAAAAUGGUAGGGUCUGCUAUUGAUUUGAAGGUAUGGAGAAUAAUAAUAAUUUUUAAGGAGUUGAAGAAGAGAUGAUUUGAGGAGUAGACGAGUGUUUGGGAAGAAGGAAAAUAGGGGUAAAAGAAGAAGAUAGAAAUGGAUGAUUACGGUCUUGCCGAUAGUCAAUUCUCGUUUCUUACUCUGCUUCUUGAAAGUUGAAGCAGGUUGUCAUGGAGUAUGUUUCGGCAUUUUCAUUGGAGUCAUUGGAGUAGCUGGUGACCGUACAUUCAGACUUGGAGCAUGUGGUUGAGCCCUUUUCAAGAAAAGGGAAGAAUGCCCAAUAAGGUUCUGAUACCAUGUGAUGAAGUAGAGAGAAGAGGAAGAGAAAAACACAAUGAGGGAGAGAAUAACCUCUUAGCCUUUACAUUGGGGCUGAAUAUUUCAAAGAAAUAAUUAUCGAACCAAAUGCAUAUCAUUAAAGCAAAAUGGAGGACGCUCAGCAAAUAGAGGACACGUCAUCUGAAACUGUCCCAGAUAAAGCAUCUCAAGAGAAUCUUGAAACUCGUGAUGAAAUGCUUUCUAGGCAUAGGAAAGAGAUAUCACAGUUGCAGAACAAAGAAAUUGAACUUAAAAAGGCAGCGGCUAGGGGUAGCAAAGCUGAACAAAAAGUGAAGAAAAAGCAGGUUGAGGAAGAGAUAUCUCAACUUUCUGUGAAUUUAAAAAAGAAACAUACUGAAGAACUUGCGUCCUUCGGCUUUAGUAACAGUAAUGGAAAUGGAAAAAACAACAUUGACAAUCUAGUGAAGGCCAUAGCUGGGGUAUCUAUGACAGCUCAAUCCGAUCAUUCAAAGCCAAGCAAAAGCACGAGGCGAAGGGAGAAAAGGGCUCAACAAGAAGCCGAAAGAGACCGAAGAAUUGAAGAGGAGCAGAGCAACAUUGUGAGUGAUAGAAUGAUUGAGAAUGAACAUUUGGAAAAGAAGCUUGGACCUCUUGGUUUGACUGUUAACGAAAUCAAGCCAGAUGGACAUUGCCUCUACAGAGCAGUUGAAAACCAGCUGGCCUUUCUUUCAGGAGGUUCAUCUCCAUACAGUUACCAAGAACUUCGGGAAAUGGUAGCCGCUUAUAUGAGAGACCAUUCAACUGAUUACAUGCCAUUUUUCCUCUCGGACAAUGGUGUUGAAGGUAAUUCCAAUGGUUCGUUGGCUGAAAGAUUCGAAAAUUACUGCAAGGAAGUCGAGUCAACUGCAGCAUGGGGAGGGCAGCUGGAACUUGGUGCUUUAACGCAUUGCCUUAAAAAACAUAUCUUGAUAUUUUCAGGAUCCUUCCCUGAUGUGGAAAUGGGGAAAGAAUACAAAUCAGAUGGCAAAGUAAACUCGAGUAUUAGGCUAUCUUACCAUAAGCAUGCCUUUGGACUUGGGGAGCACUACAACUCUGUGGUUCCUGUUUGAUAAUCAGUUGGGUAUAAUCACGAAGGGCCACUUUACUUUGGCAUUUAUUCUGCAAUAUCUUUUGAGCCUUGAGUUUGUACCUAAAGGACAAGGAGUGUGCUGAAAAAAUAUAUAACGUUCUUUUUGUUUCCUUCCUUAGAUAUUUAGCUUUCCUCACAUUUAUUCUUCAAUUAACCGAAUCAAAUUCUUCUGAUUAUAACACUUUCACGUGCUGUUA